UGCACCUGCUGGCUGACGGUGUGUUCGGCUCCGGUCGUGCAUCCUUACACCCCUGCGCUUGCCCGGGCAAGUGCUGAGCCUUCCUUCUGCACCGGCAACUUUGGGAAAGUCAGCUCGCUUCACUAGGCCUUAGUUCCGUGGGAGCCUUAUUAUGUUAGAGCUGGAAGGAACCCUAUCGCUCAUUUAGUUAAGCCACACGUCCCCGCCCCGGUUUUGUAGAUAAGGGGGCCUCGCAUUUACCACUCCUUGCGUUCCUGGUGCUUCAGUUAACCCCCUGGGGAGUCCUCUUGGAUCGUGUUACCUUUUCCAUAGAAUGAGUUAGGCUCAGAGAGGUUGGCGACUUUAGCUGAGGUCACACAGCUUGGAACUUGGUGGAGUCUCAAGAGUCAAGUAACUCCCACUUUGUUCAUGGCCGAGUUCAAAUUUCCAUUUAGAGGUGCUUCCACGACUGCAUUACUACUAAACCUAGUUGUAAAUCAGAAUCACCCCUGAGAGAGUCUUAAAAGUCUUUAUUCCCGGGUUCCCUGGCAGGUUGACUGACUGAGAAGCUUUGGUGCUAUAGCUAAGAACUCUGUUUAUUCAACAAGUUUGAGGAUGGUUUUCAUGGCCGGUACUCUGGUUGACAAUGGCUGACGAUCACGAGAAAGAUUUGCAGAAAUUUCUUAAAAAUGUGGAUGAAAUCACCAGUUUAAUCCAAGAGAUGAAUUCUGAUGACCCUCUUGUACAGCAGAAAGCUAUCCUGGAGACAGAAAAGAGACUACUGUUUACAGAGGAAGUCCAAGAGGAGGACGGGUGCCGGACCACUCUGAACAAGACCAUGAUCAGUCCUCUGCAAGCUCCUCUGGAGAAUGCAGAUGGGAUAAGCUCAGAAGCCUUUUUGGCAUCUAUGGAGUUGGAUGCAAGAGAACGUGCCAGGAGAAGAAGGGAAAACAAAGUCUUAGCAGAUGCCCUAAAAGAAAAGGGGAAUGAAGCCUUCGCCAGAGGGGACUAUGAAGCAGCCAUCGUGUGCUACAGCAAGGGUCUGGACAAGCUGAAGGACAUGAAGGUGCUCUACACCAACAGGGCCCAGGCUUAUCUAAAACUCGGGGACUACCAAAAGGCAGUCGUGGAUUGCGAGUGGGCUCUGAAGUGUGAUGAAAAAUGCACAAAAGCCUAUUUCCACAUGGGAAAAGCCCACCUGGCCCUGAAGAACUACAGUGUGGCUAGAGAGUGUUAUCAGAAGAUCUCAGAAAUAAACCCCCAACUGCAGGCCCAGGUGAAAGAUUACCUGAAUCAAGUGAAUCUCCGGGAGAAAGCAGACCUUCAAGAGAAGGAAGCCCACAGAUUGCUGGAUGUGGGAAAGAACACGGCCGUGACCGUCAGAAAUCUCCUGGAGACACUGUGCAAGCCCGAUCAGACCCCCUUGUUCUAUGCAGGAGGGAUUGAAAUCCUGACUGAAAUGAUGAAGGACUGCACGGAACAAACUUUAUUCAGGACACACAACGGAUUCCGUCUCAUCAGCGAGAAUGCGGUCCUGAGAAGGUGCUUUUCCACAGCAGAAAAAGAUGCAGCGGAAGAGAUGGUGUGCGUGUGUGUCCUCAGGCUCUGGCAAGCAGUGUGCACAGGGAACGAGGAAAACCAGCGCCUACUGCUGGAGAGCCCAGACCUGGGCCGGCUGCUGCCUUCCUUGCUGGCCGCCAGGGCUCUGACCGUCCGCCAGCAGAGCCUGGCCCUGCUCCUGCAGCUCACGCAGACGGACCACGGACGAGGCCUGAUCAUCAGCCACCUUGACCUGACCCGAUUUUUGGAAGCCCUGGUGUCAUUUCUUGAUUUCUCGGAUAAGGAGGCCAACUCAGCUAUGGGACUGCUCACAGACUUGGCUCUGGAAGAAAGAUUCCAAGUCUGGUUCCAGGCCAACCUCCCAGGUGCGCUCCUGGUGCUCACAGGUGUUCUGAAGAGAGACCCCAUGAUAACCAACCCCUCAGCUCUCCGCUGUUGCAUUGCCCUCAUGGGGAACCUCAGUGCUGAGGCUGCCAUCCGAAGACAGAUGUCUGCCUCUGAAGAAUUCCGGGAGGCCUGUUUGGGCCUUAUGGUCCGGUGUGAGGAGGAUGUGGACCUGUUCAGAGAGAUCUUGUACACGCUCCUGGGACUUGUGAUGAACUUGUGUCUUCAGUCUCCUAUCCUCUACGAGGUUUGGGCCUCAGAGGUGAGCAAGAGGUGCAUCUUUCUACUGAACAGCCAGGAUGGAGGGAUCCUGACAAGAGCUGCCGGCGUCCUAAGCCGCACCCUUUCUUCCUCCCGGAAGAUCGUGGAGGAGGCCCUGAGAGCCGGAGUGGUGAAGAAGAUGAUUAAAUUCUUGAAGACAGGGGGCCAGACGGCAUCACGCUACGCCAUCAAGACACUAGCUGUCUGCACAAACAGCUCUCACGAGGCGCGAGAAGAAGUGAUGAGACUGGAUAAAAAGUUCGGCAUUCUCAUGAUGCUGCUCCGCUCCGAGGACGAGGUCGUGGUGGGCAAUGCCGCCCUCUGCCUGGGGAACUGCAUGGAGGUGCCUGGCGCGGCACCCUCCCUGUUGAAGACGGACGUCGUGCAGGUGUUGCUGCGACACGCGGGGGGCGAUGCGCAGAAAACGGCCGUGCAGCUGAACGCGGGGAUCGCUCUGGGCAAGCUGUGCACGGCCGAGCCCAGAUUUGCCGCUCAGCUGCGGGAGCUGCACGGGCUGGAGAUUCUCAGCUCCACGAUGAAGUACGUCGCUCAUUAAGACACGUGGCGUCUGUGCACGUUUUUCACAAAUGCAGAGCUGGGUGCUGUGGGUGGUCCCAGUGCUAAUAAAGACUUUCCGAAUGUCCGCUCCAGAGAUGAA